GGGGGCAUCCGGAAAUUGCCCGGGGGAGGGGAAUCGAGGGGACACCGGAAGUGCCGCCAGGGGACGGUGAUGGGUGAGACACCCGGAAGUGCCGGUUCCCACGCGGAGGGCGAGACAGGAGCCGACCGCCCCAGGGCUGAGCCAUGUCCCAGGCCACCAAGCGGAAGCACGUGGUGAAGGAGGCGCUGGAGGAGCUGGUGGUGCCCACGGCCCAGCAGCAGAUCGUGCGGGUUGUGGGUAGCCCUGGGAACAACCUGCACGAGGUGGAGGCACCAGGGGGCGGGCGCUUCCUGGCCAGCAUGCCCCCCAAGUUCCGCCACAACCUGUGGAUCAAGAGAGGUGACUUCCUGCUGGUCGACCCCAUCGAGGAGGGCGAGAAGGUGAAGGCCGAGAUCAGCUUCGUGCUCUACAAGGACCACAUGCGCUACCUGCAGCAGGAGGGGCUCUGGCCUGAAGCCUUCUCAGAUGCCCCCAACAGGCGGCCCAGCCCCCAGAGCAGGGUGGGGGAGCCGCCAGCCGCCCAGGAGGAUGAGGACAGCGACAGCGACUUGUUUGUGAACCCCAAUCGGCUCCGUGACGCAGGCACUGACAGCGAGGAUGAGGACGAGGAUGAGAGCGAGGAAGAGGAGCAGUGAGCCCCUCCCCAGCACUGGGGCUGCUAUGGACUCUGCUGGCAGGUGGGAGCCUCCCUGCCCCAGCACAAAAGAUGUGGCUGCUUCUGGGGUGGGGCAUAUCACACAGAUAUGGCCACCUCUAGGGUGGGUGUUAGCAGCCAAGUGUAAUAAGCUGCUGCUGCCUCUGGGCUGGGUGUAACACCCACACAGUAACCUUGGGGAUGGGGUGCUAGCAGCUAAGUAGAACAGCAAUGGGACCACCACUGGGGCCUUAAAAUCGAUGCAGCUGGUUCUGGGGUUGGGGCUCAUCAGCGGCCGAGCAUAAUGGCCACCUCAAUAAAGACACUGGCAACUGCCCCCCUCAGUGGCCGUAAGCUCUGUGU